AUGAAUUUUAUGGCUCUGUUCUUUUCUCUGCUGCUACUGUGGCCUGGCCUCACCGCUCUAAUGACUUCUCCAUUGGACGAGCCUUUUCAUCACUUUACCAGUGGAACAGACAGAACUUCAGACAUCAGUGCCUCUCCUGAUGCCUCAGCCAGUGGCCGACUUCGUCGCUCACCUCUAAUGCCUGAUAUCACCCAUUUGGAGCUGCUGGUGGUGGUUGGACAAGACGUCCAGCAGGUCCACAAACAGGACACAGAAAGAUAUGUCCUCACUAACCUCAACAUCGCCUCAGAGCUGUUGAGAGACAUGACCCUGGGUGCCAACAUGAGGGUGCACCUGGUCCGCAUGAUCAUUCUGUCAGAGCCAGAGCCAGAGAUCCAAUUGUCUGACAACAUCACGUCUUCUCUCAGAAGUGUGUGCGACUGGGGCAGAAGGAUCAACCCCUCUAAUGACACAGACCCGCUGCAUGCUGAUCUCCUGCUGUACAUCACUCGAUACGACCUGGUGCUGCCUGACGGGAACAAGCAGGUCAGAGGAGUGGCACAGCUGGGCGGCGCCUGCUCCCCUGACUGGAGCUGCGUGAUCACAGAGGAUACGGGCUUUGACCUCGGGAUCACCAUCGCUCAUGAAAUUGGCCACAGUUUUGGAAUCAACCACGACGGAGUGGGAAACACGUGCAGGAGGAGCGGGUUCAUGAUGGCUUCUGAUGGAGGCUACAACAGUGUGGAUUUGACCUGGUCCCCCUGCAGCAGACAGCAGAUUUCCACAUUCUUCAGUGAAAGGAAAGCGGAAUGUGUGAAAGACCUGCCUGCACUGGGAGGCUCCCUACAGGACUGGAAACCCGGGCUUUACUAUGGAGUUGAUGAUCAGUGUCGAAUUGCUUUUGGGAGCACUGCAAGAGCCUGCUCCUUCACCAAUCCUGAUCUGCCAGCAUGCCGAGUCCUGUCCUGCCACAUUAAUCCCGAUGAUGACAGCUCGUGCAAACGCCUCCUGGUCCCAUUACUGGACGGCACAGAAUGUGCUCCUAAUCAAUGGUGUCUGAAGGGACGCUGCGUCUCCCCGGAUGAUCUCGGCUCAUCUGUGGUGGUGCACGGCUCCUGGUCCAGCUGGUCUGAAGGUUCCCCCUGUUCACGGUCGUGUGGUGGAGGGGUCACAUUCCGCACGAGGCAAUGCAACAACCCCAGACCUGCUUUUGGAGGGAAAGGCUGUGAUGGUCCAGAUAUUGAGGCUGAACUUUGUCACCAGCACCCCUGUGAGCGCAAUCAGAUGGACUUUAUGGCAGAACAGUGUUCCCAGACAAAUCCCCAACCGCUCCACCUGCUGCCACACACUGCCUCCUUCUACACUUGGAUUCCUGCCCUCGGCUUCGCACAAGGGGAUGAGCAGUGCAGGUACAUGUGCCAGUCAGAGGGAGAAAACUUCAUUGUGAGCCGUGGCUCUCAGUUUGUGGACGGCACUCGCUGUGAGUCACCCAGCCGACCCUCCUUCGGUAUUACCGCUGCAUGUCUGCGAGGGAAAUGCCAGCUGUUUGGCUGCGAUGGUGUGCUGCACUCUGGGAAAGUGAGAGAUGUGUGUGGUGUGUGUGGUGGAAAUGGAUCAUCCUGCAGUUUGACAUCUGGCUCCUAUAGCGGUGGUCAGGCUAAAGAGUACACCACAUUUGCCUCGCUGCCAGUGAAUGCCACACAGGUUCAGAUUGUCAACAGAGCUCCUCUCUUCACUCACAUGGCCGUGAAGGUAGGGGGUCGGUACAUUGUGUCAGGAAUGGGCAGCAUUGCACUGAAUACGACCCAUCCCUCCCCACUGGAUGAUAACCGUCUGGAGUACCGCCUCCACCUCACGCCCGACCUCCUGCCUGAGACGGAGGAGCUGCUGCUUCCAGGGCCGCUGCAACAUGAGAUGAACAUACAGAUCUAUCGCAAAUAUGGGAAAGAAUAUGGAGAGAAAACAAAUCCAGACGUUAGCUACCAGUUUUAUGUCCCCAGCAUUAACAGUGAUUUGACAGACAUAAACCUUAAAGGCAAAUGGGCUGUUUUUACAACGCCCUGCUCUGUGUCUUGUGGAUCAGGUGUGCAGAAGCAUUUAUAUGUAUGUGUUGACAAAGACACUAACAACCAUUUGGAUGAGCACGGCUGUGAAAUGCCUCGUCCAGCUGAACCAUCCCACACUCCCUGUCAGCUCGCACCGUGUCCCCCGAGGUGGGAGGUAGGGGCGUUCGGGCCUUGUAGCGCCUCCUGUGGUGGUGGAGAGAGGCUGCGUCCUGCAAGAUGUAUCCAGCAACAUGCGGCUGAUGUGGUGCUGGUCCCAGAUUCUGAGUGUCCAGUCGAUACAGCGCCACACACUGUUGAAAAAUGCAACCUGCAACACUGCCCUGCCAGAUGGCGUGUGUCAGAGCCAGGGGACUGCUCAGCAGUGUGUGGGCCAGGAGAAGCAAAACGCUCAGUGACGUGUGUUCGGCCAGAAAAUGGCGAGGAUGUUGAAGUGGAUCAAAGCUUCUGCUCGGGGCAGAUCAAACCACUUGAUUCUGUGCCCUGCGUUGUGGAUGUUUGUCCCAUUGGGUGGGAGUCCAAAGCAGAGGAAAAUCCCGUUCUAAAGACUGGUCUGUUGCCACGCUCCAAGCAGGCUCCGGUGUAUGUGUGGAGCCCUGUUAUCAGCCAGUGCUCAAAGACAUGCGGCAAUGGAACUUUAGAGGUGUGGUUCUCUUGUGUGGACCACCAGUCCAGGCUGGGAGUGCCUGAUUUUCACUGUGAUGCUUCAACUAAACCCCUUCCUACGUCGGACACUUGCAACACCUCUCCCUGCCCUCCUGUGUGGCGCUCCAAGCAAGGAGUCUGCAGUGUAACAUGUGGAGGAGGGGUGGCUAAAAGGGUGCUGUACUGUGCUAGAGGAGCAGAAGGGGAGGAGGUGGUUGUGGAGGAUUCACAGUGUAGUGACUUUCCCAAACCCACAGCAGUGGUUUCAUGUAACACAUUCAACUGCCCUGCAAGGUGGAGGGUAUUUCAGACGCUGCCCUGCUCUGUGUCCUGUGACCUGGGCGUAGCUCAGAGGGUUGUGUCGUGUGUCCAGUUCGUGAAUGGCAAGGAGCGAGUGGUGCCAGAAGAGAACUGCCAUUCGGCCGUGAAACCAGCCACCACGGCGCCCUGCCUGGUGCGGGUCUGCACCUUUAAAUGGGAGGUGAAGCCGUGGAGCCAGUGUUCGGUACCCUGCGGAUACGGGAUCCAGUCCAGAGCCGUGUCCUGCAAGGGACCCUCUAAGCCGGAGCCCCUCAGUCCCCUGAUGUGCAUGCACAUGCCCAAACCUAUCACCAUCCAAGGCUGCUACAUGGGCAGCUGCAGCCGCGUUCCUUCCAAUUCUGAUCCAACCUUUGACAUGGCUACCGCAACUCAUGCCAGCACAGAGGUCGACUUCACAGAGAUGCCUCCUCUGUCUCCAACCCCGAGCUACGCUGACUUCCGACAAAACCGCACGGGCCGCCUUCCUCCAAGUCUGACAGAAGCCACAACCAUACAGCAGAUCGCCACAACUACCGCCCCAACCAAUACGUCCACUACAUGUGGAAAGCUCCUCUUGGAGGAGUCGGGAACAGUUGACCUGAGGGGGGUCCGCAGCGGCUGCAUGGUGUCGAUCGGCCGGCCACUCGACGAGGUCAUUCACAUCAAAGUGAUUUCCAGCUCCUUGAACUGCAGAAAAAAGGAGUAUGUGGCAUUUUUUGACCGACUGGCCUUGGUGAGAAAGUGUGUGCAGCUAGAAAAUAGUGAACUGACCAGCAGGACCAACGUUCUGCUAGUGCGUCAGAGUCUGCCGACGCCUGGGAGUGGGAUAGUUUUCACCUACACUUCAGAGAAAAACACCAAGAGGAGUCAUCGAGAUUGCGACAUGCAGCUGUUUUCCCCCAGCGGUGUCUUUGAGAAUCCAAUAACGCCCAACACUAACCACACCUGUCGAGUGCUCAUCAAUGCCCCUCCUUCAGUGAAGAUCAGGAUCCAAGCGCUACACAUAGGAUUAGUAUUCAACGCCACCAACUCCCAGUCUACAUACAUUAUGAUCCGGGACAUGGACGUCUUAAAGACCAACGUGUUUAAAGGCCAGCAGCUGUUUCUAUGGCACUCCUCUGGAAAUAUGGCCGAGAUUGAAUUUCAUGGAGACUACCUGCAUUCAGAAGGCAGCUUCAGAGCCCAAUAUUCCUACAUGUGACUUUGACAGUGGUUUUUACCUACCUGGAGAAGGUUUUGUGACAGAAACACACGCCUGUUUUUGCUGAGGAAGGCGACAUAAGCAGCAUUCAUUU